AUGAGUUCAAAACGUGUAAAAUAUGGUAAUUGGUCACAAGAAUCAUUAAAAAUGGCAGUAAAUGCAGUUUUAGUUGAUGGUUGCUCGAAAUAUUCUGCUGCUAAACAAUAUAAAAUACCAAGACAAACACUACAUGACUAUAUAAAUCGAGCCCCUGUUGAUAAUUUUGUUAAAAAGUUACGUGCAGGACACCCAACAACACUCUCAGCUUUUCAAGAAAAAGAGCUUGUAGAAGUUCUUCUGACCAUAUCACAGAGAUUGUUUGGUUUGUCUCCAAAAGAUGUAAAACAAAUGGUAUUUCAGUUUUGUGAAGAAAAUAGAAUUAUUCACAAAUUUAAUUGUGAAACUAAGUCAGCAGGAAAAGAAUGGUUUAGGGGUUUUUUGAAACGCCAUAAUGAACUCUCUGUCAGAGUUGCUGAGUCAACGUCAUUGCAUCGAGCCAUUGGUUUUAAUAGAAUAAAAGUUAAUCGUUUUUACGAUGAACUAGAAAAAAUAAUGUUUAAUGUUAAUGGGAUGCAGAUUAUUCCACCAUCAAACUUAUUCAACGUAGAUGAAUCUGGAUUGUCUAUUUGCCAUAAACCAGGAAAAGUUGUUGCUCUUAAGGGAAAACACAGUGUUGGUGGCUUAACAAGCUCCGAAAGAGGUAAAACAAUCACAAUAGUUUGUUGCCAAUCAGCAAGCGGGUUUUUUGUCCCUCCAAUGUUGAUCUAUCCACGUAUUUGA